UGUUGCCCCCCUCCAGGUGGUGAAGGUGGAGUCCGGUGUGCCGGUUCUAACCCCGUCAGAGACCUCUGAGCUUCACUUCCUGCGUGCGAGGGUUAGAGAGCUGGAGAGAGAGCGAGCCGAGCUGUCGGCAGAGAACCAGAGACUGAAGAACAUGCUGGUCCACGAACUCCCGGGGCUUCUGUCCACCAUGUGGCAGACGUUGGGCCAGGCCAACAGUCACCACUGCGUCUCCACGGCAACGGGGAGGAGCGACAGUUACGCUCCGUACUCGCAGCAGCUCUUAACCAGUCAGGACGCAGACCUCAGCCCCCAGGUGAGCCUCCAGCAGCUGCAGGAGGACCUGAAUGGGGACAUACUGGAGUCCUGGGGCCCGUUGGGCUCUGAGGAUGAGGAGGGGCCAGGAAGAGCAGACCUGGGCCUGGGGAGCCACAUGGGAGAGGAGGCACCGCUCUGCAGACAGACCGACAUGGAGGAGCUGAGGAGGAGUUGCUCUGAGAGCCAGUGUACCGCCGGACCCCCUAACGGACAUGUGAGCCAGGUGGAGGUGUAUCCGGGCUCUGGGGUUCUUUGUGAAGUCCACUCAUGGCAGGCAGCCAAUCAGGCGCAGUCCCCCACGGCGAUGGCGCGAACGCUGCUAAUGGGUGUGUUUGAUAUGAACACACUGAUGAACAGCAACCUGCGAGGUGGACGGAGCCGCCGACCCGCCUUUCAACCACAACGCAGCGCGCUCGACCCGCACAAGAUCAACGCCAUUUUCAAUGCCAUCUUGGCUCGGUUUCCUCUGGCCAAGAAAGGAGUCAUUGGCUCCGGCAUCAACUCCAAAUUGUCUGAGAUCCGUUUUCGCUCCAGGAGAGCCAAUCGAGACCCCCGAUUCCUCUGACGACAGACAGACAGCUCCUCCUACCUCACAGUAAAAAAACGUCCAGUUGUCCAAUGAGAACACAGCAGUCUAGAGCUUCUGGACCAAUGAGCAGUUUAAGUUCUCUGUUCAGUUUCAGGUCAGGUCUGAUUCUCAUAUCGCUGACUUUGUUGCUAUAGAGACCUGUUGGGAUGCUGUGCGUAGCUAUAAUGACCCAGACAUAAUGACAAAGACACAAAACAACCUCAAAGACACAAUACAACCACAAAGAGACACAAAACAACCUCAAAGACACAAAACAACCACAAAGAGACAAAACAACCUCAAAUACACAAAACAACCACAAAGAGACACAAAACAACCACAGAGAUAAAACAACCACAAAGAGACUAAAGAACCUCAAAGACACAAAACAACCACAGAGACACUAUAAUGACCCAUACAUAAUGACAAAGACACUAAACAACCACAAAGACACAAAACAACCACAAAGACACAAAACAACCACAGAGACACAAAACAACCACAAAGACACAAAACAACCACAAAGAGACAAAACAACCACAAAGAGACAAAA